UCAUUUGUCAAAUUUAAAAAAAGUUCUACGACGAAUAGAAUUUCAAAAGCUUUGUUUUUGUUAUUAAUUUAAUUGAUAACAUUUGUUUUAUUAGCCAGCAUCAUCUUUAAUCACACUUUCAAUCAAGCGUCUCUUUCAUAAACCUAAAUGUGUGCGUAAAUUGCAGAAAUUCUAACCUUAAAACUGCAUAGAGACGGCAUUUCCCCUCAUUUCCCUCAACCAGUUAAAUUGUGGAUAAUACAAAACCUGUUUUGUGCUGUUGUUAACCUAUUCUUAAGUGAAAAUUAGAUACCAUGGAUUCGACAGUAUCCGUUUCAAAAGGAGUCUUUUUGUUUAAUAAUGGAUUGAACAAAACAAAAGCGUCUAAAAAGCAUCCUAAAAAACUGCUUUAUGAAAAGUUUUUCAAAAAGAGUUCUUGGCAUGCUACAUUUACGAGGAACUGGGAUUAUAUUGAAAAUGAAAUAAGAGAACUUCACCAAAAAACGUACAGUGUGCUGCUCAACGAUAUUGUCAAUUAUGUCAAAUCCUUCUACGGAGACAGUGAGACUGAUGGAUUGGAAGGCAUAAUACCAAGUGCCACUCUGUUGACUGGAGUAAAUCAGCCUGAUCAUGUAUCUCAAUUCAAGGCUUUAAUAGACAAAAUCAGGAAUGAGGUGACCCCACACAUAGCAAUGGUCAAUUCACAAGAUGCACCUACAUUGAAACAUUUAGUUGAAAACACUGUCUGGCAAUUGAUGUAUGGACAUGAAGCAUUAGAUUUUGAUGAUGAAGAAUUCAAAGAUAAUAUUAUAUAUAAGAAAUUGAGGAAAAACCAAUGUACCAUGAAAGUAUUACAGAGUUGGUACCAUGCUCAUUACACAAAUGCUUCACCAAAGAAGAAGAAGCACAAAACUUCAAGUAGAUCACUGGUAGUCAUUAUUCCAGACUUUGAAAGCUUUAAUUGCAGUGUUCUACAGGAUUUUGUGAUGAUUAUAAGUUCCUAUGUGUCGUCAAUCCCAAUAGUGUUUGUUUUUGGAGUGGCCACAUCUGUGUCAGCCUUGCACAAGUCCUUCCCAUAUCAUGUGUCUUCAAAAUUGUGGAUCAAAGUCUUUCAUUCCCACUCAUCACCUGUCUACAUGAAUCAAGUUCUAGAAGAUAUAUUUUUGUCACAUACUAGCCCUAUUCAUUUGUCGGGUAAAGCUUUCGAGUUACUAACUGACGUAUUCUUGUUCUACGAUUUUUCUGUGACUGGGUUGAUACAGAGUAUAAAAUAUUGUAUGAUGGAUCACUAUUACGGAGAUAAUGUCAAAUCAUUAUGCUGUGAAAGGGAGAACAUUGAAGAGGCUGUGAUGAAUCUCAGUUCAGAUGAUCUCGAAAGCAUCAGGCAGCUACCAUCUUUCAGACCAUUCCUAGAGGCUCAACAAGACUGCGAAACAAGAAUUGGCCUUUUUGAAGAUGAUAAUUUCUUCAGAGAAGUUUUGAUAAAGGAAAUGAACAAACUUCAUGAUUAUUUGUUCACUUUUUAUUUAUGUGUAAGACUGCUAUUAGUCUUUGUCAAAGACAUUCCAAAGAAUAUUCUUGGUAAAUCGGUUCGAGAAAUCUACACAAAAUGUGCUGUAGAAUGUAUAACAAGUACACUUGCAUUUAAAGAAUGCAUGCAACUCAUCCAGUUUCAAUCUCAAGUGAAACUAGCUGAUACCAUUAAGUCUGCGCUGAAAGUAGUAAACUCUGCACUGCAAAUAUCUUCUCCAGUGAAACCUCUACGAUCUACACCAACGAAAAAUAAUCUCAAUAAUAUUACCUUGAACAAUGAUAUGGGUGAAGGUUUUGUCAAAACCGUGAGAGUACAUUUGCUCAUGUUUUUAAGACAGAUUGAACAUGCAAACACUGAAGCUACAGUAUUGUGCAAUGAAUCGGAAGAUUUUGAAAAUAGUCCAGAAAAUGUCCCAGGAAAUAGGUACAAGUUAAAAGAGAAACUGCUCAAAGCCACAAGAGUUGAUAAGAUCCAAUCAGAAUACGACAUGGUCCGGGCCAGAUUCGUUAGCUAUUUGGAGGAGAUGUUCACCAAAGGAUUGAUGCCGCCUCACACACAGACGUUCCAUGAAAUACUGUUCUUCACUGACGUUGGAAAUGUUAGGAAACAGAUCGUGGGUUCCCCGCGUGGAGCCCUUCAUACAGCUCUAAGCAAUCCAGUGCACUAUUUACAGUGCUCGUGCUGCCACCUGGCGUCGCCGGACAGCGUGACGGACACGCUGCCGGACGUGUGCCUGGCGUACAAGCUGCACCGCGAGUGCGGCAAGCACAUCAACCUGUACGACUGGCUGCAGGCCUUCGCCGCCGUGCUCCAGCCAGAUGUGGACGACGAGCAGCGCCACCAGGACUCCACUGUCCAAAUACGCUUCACUCGAGCAGUUGCAGAGCUCCAGUUUCUCGGGUUCAUAAAGUCGUCGAAGAGAAAGACGGAUCACGUGAUGCGUCUUACUUGGUGAUGCGAUGUUUUUGUGUGUUUUAUUUAUUCAAUUGAAAUAAACUUUUUUUAGAGAUAA